AUGGUCGUCAUUGCAGAUACCCUCUCACGAGCAUACCUCGAGCAAGACACUGAAAAUGAGGAAGCGCCCAUUGUGAAUGUUAUCACACACAUACCAGUACGUCCGGCAACGCUGGAAAAGGUGCGCAAAGCCACAGCAGGCGACGCGACAUCUCAAGUACUUGCGGAAAUGAUAACAACGGGAUGGCCAGACGAUAAAGCGAAGGUCCCACCGGAAGCGUUACCAUACUUUACGUUUCGCGAAGAGCUGAGUGUGGAAGACGGACUACUAUACCGAGGACAAAGGCUGGUAAUACCAAAGGAAAUACGAACAGAGAUCAAACAGAAGCUUCACGCGUCCCACAUAGGCAUUGAAAGUUGUCUCCGGCGAGCAAGAGAAUGUGUAUACUGGCCGGGAAUCAGCGCUAAACUGAAAGAACUUGUGCGAGCUUGUGACAUUUGCCAGGCACACAUGACAAAACAACAAAAGGAACCCCUGAUGUCCCACCCUGUUCCAGCAAAUCCCUGGGAGAAAAUAGGCGUGGACUUAAUGGAAUGCGCAGGACGUCAUUUUCUCGUCACGGUCGACUACCUCAGCAACUUCUGGGAAGUGGACGAACUCCGUUCCACAACGAGUGACGCAGUUAUCAGAAAGCUGAAAGCUCACUUCGGCAGAUAUGGCAUUCUGCUAAAAGUGUUCACGGAUAAUGGACCCCAAUUUGCCAGCCAGCAGUUCGCCCAGUUCACGAAUGAAUGGGACUUUAGGCAUCACACGAGCAGCCCACACUACCUACAAUCAAACGGCAUGGUGGAGUCUGCAGUGAAAACGGCGAAGAAACUAAUAACGAAAGCACUCGAGAGUGGGCGAGAACCACAGCUAGCUUUCCUUGACUACAGGAACACACCCCAGCAAGGAACGCAAAUGUCGCCCGCAGAAGCAUUUCUAGGGCGCAGAACGCGAACCACACUACCUACAACGGAGGUCCUCUUGCAGCCGAGAUAUGGGACACCACAAAUAGCAAAGCAAGCACAACAAAGACGAAGUGCCACUUACUACAACAAAAGUGCGAAGCAGCUCAGUGAGCUACAACCAGGACAGACUGUAAGAGUACAACCAGUGGCAAGCACGAGCAAAUGGAAGCUCGGGACAAUAACAAAAAGAUGUGGACCACGUUCAUACGAAGUUCGCAGCAAGGGCCAACUUCUCAGACACAAUCGCGUACAUCUACGUGAAGUCCCUCACCACGAGAAGAAGCACAAUGAACCAAUAUCCAUCUCUCAAAGAUGCAGUCGACCGAACCAACCCCUGUUGGACCACAAUGACCUGCUGGACACAGAAGACAAUGCUUGCAACACCCCUCCAACAAUACAAGAGGAGGAUCAGCACCGGCCUACAAGAGAUCGAAGACCGCCCCGCCGUUUCAAGGACUUUCUGUUUCACUAA